CUCAGAGAGAAAACAGUUCGCCUCCUUCCUACUCCGUCGCCGCCAUGUUUGAAUACCGUUGCAACUCAAUCAACUGGAAACCAUCUCCGUUAGUAUCCCUAGCCACCAGCCCCGACGGCUCUCAAGUCGCCGCAGCUCGCGAAGACGGUUCACUCGAGCUCUGGCUCGUCUCCCCUGGCUCUCUCUCUUGGCACUCUCAACUCAUCAUCCAUGGAGAUUCGAAAUCGAGAAUCUCGUGCCUUACCUGGUUAGGUUCGAGGUUGUUUUCGUCGAGUAUCGAUGGUACGAUCUCAGAGUGGGAUCUCUUUGACCUGAAGCAGAAGGUUGUGUUGGAUUCGAUUGGAGUAUCGAUCUGGCAAAUGGCUGUGGAACCUCACUCCUCUGCGGAAGCAGAAGGUAUGGUGAAGAAUGGAUACUUGAGUGAGAAGUCUGAUGAGGAGGGAGAGAGUGGAGUUGAAGAUGAUUCUGAGUUUGAUGAGGUUGAGGAGAAACCAGAGGUACCUGAUAGGCGUCUUGCUGUUGCUUGUGAUGAUGGAUGUGUGAGGAUAUAUUAUGUCUCUGAAUCUGAGAAAUUAACUUACUAUAGAUCGUUGCCUCGUGUCAGUGGCCGUGCUUUGAGUGUGACGUGGAGUUUGGAUGGACAGAGAAUAUUUUCUGGCAGUAGUGAUGGGCUGAUAAGAUGCUGGGAUGCUAACCUCUGCCAUGAGGUAUAUAGAAUUACAGUUGGACUUGGAGGACUGGGAAACGCGCCUGAGCUCUGCAUUUGGUCACUUCUUUCUUUGAGAUGUGGAGUUCUUGUCAGCGGAGAUAGUACAGGAAGUGUCCACUUUUGGGAUAGCCAGCAUGGAACUCUUUUGCAGUCGCAUUCUAAUCACAAGGGUGAUGUCAAUGCUCUUGCAGCUGCCCCAAGUCAUAACCGUGUGUUUUCUGCAGGUGCCGAUGGACAGGUUAUUCUAUAUAAGCUCGCUGGUUGUACAUCCGAAUCACAAGAUUUAAAACCUUCUUCCACUAAGAAAUGGGAUUACAUCGGUUGUGUAAGGGCUCAUACUCAUGACAUCAGAGCUCUUACUGUGGCAGUGCCAAUAAGCUCAGAAGGUUCCCUUCCAGGCGGUAAUGCAAAAGGCAAAAGUCGUAAACAGCGGAGGAAGGAGAAGCCGGGUGGUAUCAGUUACCAUAAAUGGGCACAUUUGGGGGUACCAAUGCUCAUUUCAGCUGGUGAUGACGCAAAGCUUUUUGCAUACUCAGUUCAAGAGUUCACUAAGUUCCAUCCGCAUGAUAUAUGUCCUGCGCCUCAGAGAGUACCUAUGCAGAUGGUACAUAAUACAGUGUUCAAUCAGACUUCUCUUCUCUUGGUUCAGGAUUCUUGUUCUUUAGAUGUUCUACGUAUUCACAUAAGCAGUGAGUCUAGUGGGCGUGUCUCCACCAAGCCAUUAGUUCGUGUUAAAAGUAAAGGUGGCAGAAAGAUCAUAUGCAGUGCAAUUUCUAACGCGGGAUCACUUUUUGCUUAUUCUGACCAAAUUCGACCAAGUCUGUUUGAGUUGAAGAAAAAUAAACUUGGAAAGAACCAAUGGAGUCCCAACAGAAAGAGACUUCCGAAUCUUCCAUCUGCUCAUUCCAUGGUCUUUAGCUGUGACUGCUCUCGGCUAAUAAUAGCAGGGCAUGACAGAAAGAUAUAUACCGUUGAAACUGAUAGCAUGGAGCUAUUACAUACUCUUACUCCACGUCAGGAAGGGCAGGAAAGUGAAUCUCCUCCUCGUGAACCUCCAAUUACAAAACUGUACACUAGCUCAGAUGAUCAUUGGCUAGCUGCUAUUAAUUGCUUUGGGGACAUAUACGUGUUCAACCUUGAAACACAGAGGCAACAUUGGUUCAUAUCAAGGCUUGAUGGUGCAUCUGUUGCAGCCGCUGGUUUCCAUCCCAGGGACAACAAUGUUCUUGUGAUCUCCACCUCUUCAAACCAGGUCUUUGCAUUGGACGUGGAGGCUAGAGAGUUGGGCAAGUGGUCACUUCUUCAAACUCUUUGCUUGCCAAAGAGAUACCAAGACUUCCCUGGUGAGGUCUUAGGACUCUCAUUCUCUCCAUCACCAAGUUCAUCGUCUGUAAUCAUUUACAGCUCCAGCAGAGCAAAGUGUUUGAUUGAGUUCGGGAAGCCGAUGGAACAAGGCGAAGAGAUGGAUUUGUCUGAGAGUGUAGAAGAUAGAAUUGCAAGCAUUGGUUUGAGAAAUUUGGGGAAUGGAACCAGAAAACGUAGGUUCGAAGAGUAUCAAAAAGAGAGAGAGGAGUUUGAAACUUCAAAGCACCCUGUUCUGUAUCUAAGACAUCUAUCAAAGAAUGCAAUAUUAGUGGUAGAGAAACCAUGGUUGGAAGUUAUCAAGAAGUUGUUUAUUUGUUUUGUCUUUGACGCCAUGAUAAAGAUACUUGGCCCUCAUACCUCUCACCAUUCUCACUCAACCACCACAAGUCUUAAAACAGCGGAGAUCUUGUCCAAAUAUAGACCCAUUGCUCCUAAGCCCAAGGCGACCCAAGUAAACGAUAAUGAAUCUUCUUCUUCUUCUUCUAUGUCUAACAAGAUCAGCCAAUCUCCUUACCUUCGCAACCUCUGGCCACAGCUUCAAGCUCGUCCUACUAGAACCCGGAAGCGAGGUAGAGGUGGGAUGGGUUCAACGUCUCAUCUUGCUUUGAAGAGACCCAAGUCAUUAUCUGCUUCUGCCACAGUCACUUCCACUACUGCUACACAACGCGUCUUUGGCCCUAUUAAAGGACUUUCGUUUCAGGCUUUCUCUCAUGCUGGGCUACCUAACGUCGCACAAGUUAGCUACGCCUUGGAGAAUAGUAAAUCUCCUACUUUGGUGACUCUGCCUCUUCUGCAAUGCUCUCCUCUUUCCUCCAAAUGCAUGGAGCCAGAGACCGGAGGAAACGUUCUUAUUGAUCUGAACAAGAGCGUAGAGGUGAUACAAGAGAGAGAUUUCUUGAAGCAGCUACAAGGACCCAUCACAACAACAACAGCAACAAGCAGAGUCAUAACUCCACAACCCAUAAAACCGGUUUGCUCAAGGAUCAACGUAGCAUGCAUAAACCCACUAACCAACGCAUCUUUACCAUCUCAAAUCAGCAAAAAAUCACCACAAGAGGUCGAAGAAGAAGUUGAAUCCGAUGUGCUGCCCGCUAUAAUAUCCGAUUCAAACAACAGAGUCAAGCUCGUGAACUCGGCAUACAAGGAGAUGAUGGGACAGCCAGAGUGCUCGUGGCUAGAUUCAAUGGUGAAAGGGAAGAGGAUAUGUGGUGAAGUGAUGAUCCAUUUCUUUGAAUCCAAGAUUCCAUAUAAUAAUAAUAAUAGUAGCUUUUCAUGCUGGGUGAGGAUAGAGUGGGAAAGAGACGGUAAGGAAGAGCUUGUGCACGCCUUCUGCGAUGUAAUGAAACUUAACUGCGAUUCCAAGGAUUAUGUCUUUACGUGGAGGUUUCACACAACCGUCAGAGAAACUUGUCGGUCAAGCUACAAUGCUUAAUUAGGUUUUAGAGUAUACUUGUUGUUCUUUUUAGUUCUAUA